AUGACCGCCCCUAUAGUCCUCGACGGAGGAACCGGGUUCCUCAAAGUAGGUUACGCGGCGCAGAACUUCCCCGAGUUCCAGUACCCGUCGAUAGUCGGCCGGCCGAUCCUUCGAAGCGAGGAAAAGGGCGACAAUGACCUCGUCAUCAAGGACAUUAUGUGCGGCGACGAGGCCGCUGCCGCCCGCACCAUGCUGCAGAUCAGCUACCCGAUGGAGAACGGCAUCGUGAAGAAGUGGGAGGACAUGCAGCACCUCUGGGACUACACCUUUUUCGAGAAGAUGAAGAUCGACCCGCGCGGUCGCAAGAUCCUGCUUACCGAGCCGCCUAUGAACCCCUUAAAAAAUCGAGAGCAGAUGUGUGAGGUUAUGUUUGAGCGGUAUGGCUUCGGAGGAGUUUACGUCGCUAUUCAGGCUGUGUUAGCUUUGUAUGCUCAGGGUCUCAGCUCUGGCGUUGUCGUCGACUCCGGCGACGGUGUCACCCACAUUGUCCCCGUAUACGAAUCCGUCGUCCUCAACCACCUCACCAGGAGAUUGGACGUCGCCGGCCGAGACGUCACGAGGAACCUCAUCGCCCUCCUCCUCCGCCGCGGCUACGCCCUCAACCGAACGGCCGACUUCGAAACUGUGCGGCAAAUCAAGGAGAAGCUUUGCUACGUCUCGUACGACCUCGAGCUCGACAAGCGCUUGAGCGAGGACACGACCGUGCUGGUUGAAAGCUACACACUCCCCGACGGGCGGGUGAUCCGGGUCGGCAGCGAGAGGUUCGAGGCGCCCGAGUGCCUCUUCCAGCCCCACCUCGUCGACUGCGAGCAGCCCGGCAUCGCCGAGUUCCUGUUCAACACGAUCCAGGCGGCCGACGUCGACGUCCGAUCCUCGCUCUACAAGGCCAUCGUGCUCUCGGGUGGAAGCAGCAUGUACCCCGGUCUGCCGUCGAGGUUGGAGAAGGAGCUCAAGCAGCUGUGGUUGACGCGCGUGUUGGGUGGGAACCCCGAGAGGCUCAGCAAGUUUAAGGUGCGAAUAGAGGAUCCUCCUCGUAGGAGGCACAUGGUGUUCCUUGGCGGUGCGGUGCUGGCCAAUAUUAUGGCUGAUAAGGAGAGUAUGUGGGUGACGAAGCAGGAGUGGGAGGAGCAAGGCCCCAGGGUGCUCGAGAAGCUUGGUCCCAGAUAA